GCAUGAUGGCAACACUGCAUGAUGGCAACACUGCUGCUAUGUGCGAGGUGAUUGGCACACAUUUGAAAACUCUUGAGGAGAAGUUGUCAUUUUAUUUCUCUUCAGCCUUCACAGAAUGCCUUGACUGGGUUAGGGACCCAUACAGCUCAGCAUCAGUUGCUGGAAAGGACAUGACUUUAAAGGAGCAAAAGGAACUCAUUGAACUGAAACAAGUUCAUGGUUUAAAGCUAAACUUUGCUGAUCUUCCUUUGGACAGUUUUUGGCUAUCUGUUGCCAAGGAGUUCCCCGUUCUGGCCAUCAAAGCUAUUUUGACAUUGCUCCCGUUUUCAACCACAUAUCUAUGUGAGCUGAGCUUCUCAAGCUUGACUGCGAUAAAAACUGAAAACAGAGAGAGACUGAGAGCUGUUGAGCAAGAGCUUUGUGUGUGUCUUUCUACCAUUACUGCCAGGAUAUCCAUUUUGUGUUCAUCGAAACAGCCCCAGGUUUCACAAACAAAUUUUGUCAGACAUGCUCUAUACUGCAAAGAAAAAACACUGCCUUAGCCUACAAUAUUCAAGAAGAGGAAACUGUCUAAAUUUAAAGACAAAUGGCUUCUUUUGGUGCUAAAACUUUGAUGGUAGUAAGGUUGCCGGGAAACAUAGGAUUUAAAGUAGGAAACAUAUCAGGAGCAGUCAGCCGGUUUGGGAAGAGUAAAGGAGAAAAGAAAACUGGAGCACAAAGUUCAAAGGGGAAAGGACAAAAAUUCUCCAUUUAGGAAGCCCAAGAGGAGGACAGGGCAAAGAAGGACUUAAAGAAGAAGAAAGAGACGGUGGCAAUGCUGUCAACUAGCUUCGCUAAUGCUUAACUAAAAAACAGCUGCGAAGGACUGCAGUCUUUCUAAAGAUGUGGCUGUGUUUUAGUUGUUCAUGUUAAUGUUUAUUGUAUUUACAGCAAUAACUCAUGGAGCUAUUAAUAUUGUUGCUGUGGUUCUUGUGAAAUGUUGCUGUGUUGUAAUAUACAGUUGACAAGCUAUAAAAAAGGAUUCUGCAGAGGAAAUGAAACUCGUCACUGAGAUGUGAAUAUGUCCCAGGAAAAUCUGUAUUCUAGGGAAAUUACCUAUUUGUCUAGAAUUUGAAGAAAUCUUGGAUCCAGUGACAUUACUGCUGAAUCCAUCUGAAGGCACGUUGAAGCUGAUCUAAAGGAUUACGAUGGCCCCAAUUUCUUCAGUAAAUUUUAACGUACACAAAGAGACACAUGUAAGGCAUUUUCUACACCAAUGGAAAAGUACCAAGAAAUAAAUGUCUCUGGUGAAGAAAAAAUUUUUUUUUACCUUUUUUAAACUAAUAUUCUGCUGUCAAGUUUAGAUUGAAGAACAAUAGUGAAAUAAAAUGGUUAAAGUGGAUAAAAGUGAAUAAAGAUGUGCUGGACAUCCCCUGCAUUUACACCACAGUGUCUGCCACAGGACAAACAGGAAAUGAAUUGCCUCUUUUAAAUAUUUGGUCAGAUUAAAUGUGGUAAAUUCACACACUUGAAAAAGACAGGCUAAGAUCUCUUCACAGAAUUCUUGUUAGUGAGGAAAUAAACUCAGUUUUUUUAUCAAGGUAGAUUUUUUUUUAUAAUACUGAAUUCUUUGUAAUGGCACGGCAUUUUAUCGCUUAAAAAGUGUCUCAUUUAUUCGUAGAAAAGUUGUGUUUUUUGUGUUUGUGUACAACUGAAAAUUGAUUAAAUAGAGUGCAGUUAAGGAAAUGUCUUGUGCACUUUGAAAACGAUUAAAACUGGCAUAUGGGAGUGGUGUUCUCCUGCAACCUGAUCAUCAGUGACAUCUUUUACGCCCUCACACUCCCACUUCUCAUCGUCUACUAUUCAAGAGGACCAUUACUCUACCAUUACUGCCAGGAUAUCCAUUUUGUGUUCAUCGAAACAGCCCCAGGUUUCACAAACAAGAGUCUCAGUAAAAUGAACAGAACCAGUUGUAUCGAUACAUUUGCAGAGGUCUUGUUACCUCCUAUCUACGGUGCGGAGAUGUGUGUGGCACUGAUGGGGAACAUACUGGCCCUGUGGCUGCUUGUUACUAAGGAGAAGAAGAACUGGCAUAUGGGAGUGGUGUUCUCCUGCAACCUGAUCAUCAGUGACAUCUUUUACGCCCUCACACUCCCACUUCUCAUCAUCUACUAUUCAAGAGGACGGGUCUGGGGAUUUGGUAAUGCACUCUGCAAAAUAGAGCGUUUUCUCUUCACCUGUAACCUCUACGUCAGCAUUUACUUCAUCAUGUGCAUCAGUGUCCAUCGAUACCUGGCCAUCGUUCAUCCAAUUUUCACACGCAAACACAUUCGCCCAGAACAUGCCAAGAUCAUCAGUGUGUUUGUCUGGAUAUUUGUUGCAAGCAUUUCAUCUCCAGUCCUCUACUAUUCAGGUCUGAUUUACAAAAGAUGUUCCUUUUUUGCAAAUUACAGCAGUACAGCACUUAAACCUACCAAGACAACCUACAGAUUGCUUAUGGCUGUUACAGGCUGUGGGGUCCCUUUUGUUUUUACUUUUGGAUCCUAUUUUGGUGUAAUAAUGGCUGUUUUUAAAAAUCCAAAUAUGACCUCACUGCAGAAAAAAAGAGUGGCGUUGAUUGUGGGUUUAGGUUGCAUCCUGUACACCGUGUCGUUUGUCCCCUUUCACAUUCUUCAAAUAUGGAAUUAUAAACUGACUGAUGAAAAUAAGACUAAUUGUUAUGUGCAUAAUGGAUACAGAGUGUCAAUGGCAUUAGCCUGUCUGAACAUGUGCCUUCAUCCCAUCCUGUACAUGGCUGUCUGACAGUAACAGAGCAGUGUGCUGCAGAAGUAGCUCAAAUUAAUACAACCUGUGGUUUCACCAGUUGGAGUCAUUAUGCAAAACAGUUUCUUGUGUUGUUUUUUUUUGUUCAUAAUAUGUUUAAUCAUGCUAUUUCUUUCAGGGCCCACUGUGAUACUCUAUAAGUCCAUUAAUACUGUAACAAUGCUAAGCUGAAGUUGAACAUAAAUUUAUUACCGUGCUAAAUUGCAUCACAAUGAAAUAUUUAACAGAAUAAUAAUGUUAAUAUUAAAUGCAUUCAAGCUAAAGGAGCAAAAUUAUCAAGCUGAGAUAAUACAAUAGCUGCUUCUCUAACUGUAAAGCCUUGUAAUGGCAAUUUAAUAAAUAAAUGAUAUAUUCCUCCAUUACUGUCUGAAUUAUGCUUAAACUUGUACUUUGUAUGUGUAAAACAAUCAUGUAAUGCUUCUUGAAUAUUCUGUAAACAAUAUAAACGAGAAGUGUUUUAAGACUGUA